UCAUUUAAGCCUGAAAUUGUUCCUAGAAGCAGGCAUGCUCCGCAACAUCUCGCUCAAUUCUGGAGAUUCAGGAAACAUCAGUCGCUCAAUGUCCAUGUCGAGGAGACAACGCGCGGCGCUGCCAGAUUCCGCGAGAGAGCUCAUUAGCCGCCUUACAGGAUUCCAACCAGGAGACAAAUACUUUGAUACCUGCUCCGCAUAUGUCGGCCUCCACCUCUUCGACGUCAACGGCAUAGGGGGAGUCCGCAACAAGGCUAUCGAUCAUGAGACUAUCAACAUGCGACUGACGGGGUUGGCAGAGAAAUUUUCGAUGAAAGGUCAGGACAGCAAGGCAGAGGCACUCAGGACGUAUCUUCGUCAGCUGAGGCGGUUCGCUCGUUCAUUCGGCGGAGGAGAUGCAGCUAGGAUGAUUGCAGCAACUAGUGAAAUGGACCGGGAGGAAGGCGCUCAGAACGUCAUGUCGUCUGUACUUUUGAUGCUACUCGAGUUAUCAGAGUCACCAACUGCUCUUCGAAGGGGCGAGAAUGUGUACACAGUGCCAGCGGCGUUGAAGGAGCCAAAAGAGGGCGUGAAGAGCCAGGAAGACCUGGACAGAGAGCUCUGGAAGGCCAUCCUCAAAGAAGAUCCGUUGGUAGGAAAGCACUGGGACGUUGGAGCCGACGACGGUGACCAGGACAACGGCGGGAGCGAUUUCGAAGAUAUGGAUAUCAACCCACGCGCCGCGCCCGACGCCAAGAAGCCUCAGACAAGUCAAGAGGGCAGCAGUGACUCAGCAAAGGACAGCAAUCUGUCAAGCAGUAAACCACUUAGCGGACUGAAUCUUUGGAUGCAGCGACCUGGCACAAAAGCACCAUCUCAUAUGUCUCUGAGGAUACUACAGCAACAUCAGUACUGGCAUGACGACAAGAUCUUUUCGAAGGAGAGGAGUUCUGGGGCGUCAAGCUUAGAGGAAGGAUUCGACAUUCAGCGCUCUUCAGAUUUAAAUUCGGCCCUUUAUAACUGCAAGGAUUAUGUGCUUGCGCUUAGCACUCCUGUAAUGGACGAAAUCGACAUCAUUAACGAGAUCUUUCUAUUACUUCAAGGACUUCCUACCAUUAUCUUCACUUUUAAGGACGGCAUAGCGACUUACUCUACAAAAGUAACUGUAUCGCACUUGUCACCGGGCGCCUUGGAGUCAACUCUUCAGCCAUUCUUGGGUAGUGCCGGCGAGAUACUUGAACUGCAGUCUGCAGUCGACAAAAUUUGCUCCGCACCAGCAGAAGAUUACGGAAAUGUCGUCCAAACUUUUGCAUCGGCUAUUCACUCAGAGUUGCUCAGUCUCAGGGUAUUUCUGGCUGAGACGCAGAAGCAUUACCAGCGCUUUAAGAAAGGAUAUGAGCAGCGUAUGGCGUCCUUAAUCGAGUUGCAGGCGACUUUGUCAGGAAAACUGGAGAUAGUGCAUGUGAUUUUGACCUUUUUGAAUGAACGUCGAUUUUAUGAGGCAAAGCCCAAUAACACCGAGCUGGCCUGCGUCUAUGCAACCGACAUCUUGUCCAGCCUAUAUAUGAGUGUUUGCGAGCUAGAGCUGAGCGGUGAUUCGAGCAACUCUAGGCCAUUCCUUCGGUUACUUGAACGGAGCAUCCGGCCAUUUCUACUCAACGUCGAGUUUUGGCUGUCUGGACUGCCGCUCGACUCUGAAUCUGAGUUCCUGAUACAGGCAACUUCAAAUAUCGACCUCUUUUCCAGCGCAUUCUGGUCUGAUGGCUAUCAUAUCCGUACAGAAAUCGUGGAUCAUGCUGGCGACGGCAGCAACAGCGCAUCAACGCUGCAAAUAUCGCCUUGUUUCUUGACGGAAGUGUCUCUUAAACAAAUAAUAUACACCGGAAAAGCCGUUCGGAUUACCCAGGCGCUAUUGGCUACAGAGGUUGUUCCAUUACCCCAAAUAGAAUCAUUCGCAUCAAGCGUUUUUUGCAAAAUAUUUCAAAAGCGCGCGUCGAUUGGCCCAGGCACUUCAAGGCUGGAAAACUAUUUCCAGAGAAACUUUCCCAGAUACGAAAUUAUAUUAUCGCAUCAAUACCCGCUGUCAUCGACGCCGUCCUCGAUACAUUCGAUAGUCGAAGCGCCGGAUCCAACCAAUUACAGCGCAACUGUCGGGUUCAAGUGGAGAAUGGAGUUUGAACUCGCUAAAUCUAUCGAGGAACAGUACUUGGCGGCCAAUUCUUUGCUUAAGUCCAUGCUAUUUACGCAGUCGCGAUUGUUAUGGCAUCUGAAAGGCAUGACCGAGUUUUAUUUCAUGAUGCAGGGCGAAGUGAUGCACACGUUUAGCGCAACUAUUUUCAGCAAGAUGGAACGGAAAAGACCAUGGUAUGACUCUUAUGUGUUAGGAUCUACAUUCAGUAACAUUGCAUCGCUCGGGAACUGGAGCCACGCUAAGUUUGUGAAAAUCCGGGUGAAUGAUCAGCACAGACAAAAGACAUCUCAGACACACUUGCCUGGCCUCAAAGUCCAGAUACUAGACAACAUCGAAUUCGAAUAUCUGCUUCCAUGGCCGCUAGGGGGUGUGGUUUAUUCAUCAGAAAACGUAAAGUAUAUGUAUAACCGCAUCUCUUGCUUGCUGCUGCAGGUUAAGAUCGCAAAGCAUGCGAUGGAGCUGCCUUCAUUCCUCAAGUCGAGGCCACGGCCAAGCUCUGAACUUGGCUUGUUUUGGAAAUUGAGGCUGCGAUUCUUAAGCGCAAUGAAUGAUCUCUGGAGCUAUUUCAUGAUGACUGUUUUGGAUGUACAGAUCCAGAAAUUCCAAGCCGAGAUUGAAGAACAAUGCGAUCUUGACGAUAUCAUCAAGUUAUCACAGCGGUUCAUUAAUCUGUGCUACGAACGCUGUUUUUUGAAGGAGCGGACGAUACCCCUAUAUCGGUCUCUUGUAACGAUGUUGAACCUCGCUCUCAAGUUCUCGGCGCUGUUCUCGGCGUUUAUCCACGAGCAAGAGCUGGAGUUCCGACAGCCGGGGGGACUACAAAGUAUACCAUUGCCUACUCAAGGUCACGUAGGUCGGAGCGGGCGGAGAGUGAGUUUCAAUACGAUGCAGAGCGCUCCAUCGUGGCGCAGCAAUUUUCAUGGGGGCGACGAGGGGAUAAGCACAGAUUCCGAUAGUGAAUUCUUGGAUCAACAACACGAUGGAGACGAAGAGAAAUCUGUCGGUGGAGCCGACAAGAGAAAGAUGAGUCCUCCACACAUUUUCUUUGGCGAUGAAGGCGAUGCCGAUUAUUUGGACAACGAUGAGGACAUAGAAAUGGAUGCUGGAGAGGGAACUAGUCGCGUCAAGAGACCCAAGGUCGGCACAGAGUUUUCUGGAUUAGCGCAGCCAGGCUUGACGUAUCAGAUGUAUCAUCCACAGGACCAUAAACCGUCAAGUCGGAAGAACUGGAAUCAUCAAAGUUCGUUUAAACAACAAUUACAGGAAAUUGAGCACGAGUUCAACCGAAGCAGAGAAUUUUUAGCCAAGAGCCUGAGGGUCGUGGUCAGCUCGAAUGCGGCUCGAGGAUAUGCCACCCGGAGUGGGGAUGUUGCAGACUUGCGACAGGGUGAAGGUGACUCGAGCUAUCUGGACGGCCUAAUCCUUGCCCUUUCGUCAUAAUCCCUUUGUUAAAAUCUCAUCGCUCUCAUUGCAGCCCUUUAAAUAGUAAUAAACGUCUACCCUGAAAU